UUACAUGUUUACUGUACUCGUUUCAUCAGCAUGUGUUUAUGCACUAACCUAGUCUUGUGUUGUUUGUUAUUAUUAUCCACGUCACUUUCUGCCAGCUUCUGUGAAAACUUUAGAUGACAGCAUUUUGCAGCUUGAAGAGCUCUGGCUGCCUGGACUGUCACUGAAAUGGAGCUACCUCCCACUCUCCAUAAAACCUCAUGAGGCUGCAGGGGUGAGGCCCUGCACUCAUUACUUCUGCUUCUCAGUUGCUCGUCAUCGUUGACCACAUCUGAAGUCACAAUGGCCGGGAUGGUUAUAAGGAACAUGUCAUUCAAGGUUGGGCAGACCAUGACAAUUGUUGGAAAGCCUCUACCUGAUGCUACUAAUUUUGCACUUAACGUUGGCCCAAACGAGAAGGACAUUACCAUGCACAUCAACCCACGUUUCAACGCGCAUGGAGAUGAGAAUGCAGUGGUCUGCAACUCUUACCAGGAAGGCAAAUGGUGCGAGGAGCACCGAGAGGGAGGUUUUCCAUUCCACCAAGGGGAGGAGUUUAAGAUCACCAUUUUGUUCACGCCCACGGAAUUCCAGGUCACCCUUUCGGAUGGCUCUCAAAUCCAUUUUCCCAACCGCAUGGGCGCAGAAAAAUACUCUUUCAUCAGCUUCAAUGGAGAUGUUCGUGUCACCAGUUUUGAGAUUAAAUAAACCACAGUAAGAGUAGAAUAAUUCCUUAAAAUUGGUGUUUGCGCCAGUGCUCAUUUUACCCCUUAAUUUGCUCAGACACAUAGUUUUCUUUCUUACCAAAUUUACCCAGCAUUAUAACUGAUUUAGUUAGCACCUAUUCAGUAAUUUAGCUUCUUACAUAUCCAGACACUUCAGACAUUGAGAUGAAUUGAUAUUCUGGACAGCAAUAGUCACAAUUUAGAAAUGUAUAAAUGAAUUAUAUAAUUGACUCAAAUGUAAACGUAUCCAAAAAAUGUUCUUUUUUUUUUUUUUUUUACAUAGUUAUAAUGACAAUCAUGAAAGUUUACAUUAACAAACAUUCCAACUUGUGUCGAUGCUUGCAUUCAAUAAGUAUUAAAGCUGGGUGAAAACAA